AUGCGCGUCUUUUCCUCCACCUAUACCUUCGACUACAGCUGGAACGAAGUCUCAACAGCUAACUGGCUCAAAUACUGCCCUUGGAACAAAUCUUCUUCACAUGUCAUCGCCGUCGACACCCUCUCCCGCAAUGUCGAUCCCAGCACUGGCAUAUUACGCACGGAGCGCCUUAUAACAUGCACUCAGUCCGCACCAGCAUGGGUCAUUGCCAUUAUGGGUGGUAGCUGCACAACUCACUCAUACGAAACAUCCUAUGUGGACCCGGUGGAGAGACGCGUGACUAUGUGCAGCACCAACCUCACAUGGUCAAAUAUGAUCAGUGUGCGAGAAACUGUGGUCUAUCAACCUGACGACAGUCGAAGUGAGCCAGGCCACGAGCGGACCAAGUUCGAGCAAGAGGCAAGGAUCACAGCGUUGUGUGGGGGCUGGCAAAAAAUGAGGUCCAAGAUCGAAGAAGCCAGUGUGGAACGCUUUCGAGAGAACGCCAGGCGAGGGAGGGAAGGCUUUGAAGCCGUGCUGGAGAUGAGUAGGAGGGUAUUUGGAGAAGAAAAGGAGAAGGAAAGGAGAAAGCAGGAGAUGGCGGCGUCUUGA